GCCGCGUCCGCGCCGCCGCCGCGCGUGCGCUACGUCAACAAGCAGCGCGUGCUCGUCGUCUGCAGCCGGGGCACGUCCGCGCGGCACCGCCACCUGCUCGAGGACCUCAAGAAGCUGUUGCCCCACCACAAGAGCGACGCGAAGCUCGACACGAAGAACGACCCGCGGCAGCUCAACGAGAUCUGCGAGCUCAAGAGCUGCAACGGCUGCGUCUACCUCGAGGCGCGGAAGCGGUCCGACCUCUACAUGUGGGUGUCGCGCGCGCCCAAGGGCCCGAGCGCCAAGUUCCUCGUGCAGAACGUGCACACCAUGGACGAGCUGCGCCUCACGGGCAACUGCGGCCUGGGCACGCGCGCGCUGCUCUGCUUCGACGGCGCCUUCGACGCGCAGCCGCACUGGUCGGCGGUCCGGGACCUCCUCGCCGUGACCUUCGGCACGCCCCGGGGCCACCCCAAGUCCAAGCCCUUCUUCGACCGCGCCAUGGCGUUCUCCAUCGCCGACGGCAAGGUCUGGGUGCGCCACUACCAGAUCGUCGACGACGCCGUCGACGACGCGGACGCGCCCCCGUCGCAGAAGCGCGACGCGACGUCCCUCGUCGAGAUCGGCCCCCGCUUCGUGCUCGCGCCGAUCCGCGUCUUCAGCGGCUCCUUCGGCGGCUCGACGCUCUACCACGACGCGUCCCUCGUCCUCCCCAACGAGGAGCGCGCGCGCGAGAAGCGCCAGCUCGGCUCCAAGUACGAGAAGCGCAAGGAGGCCCAGGAGACGCGCCGC